AUGGACGAAUACGAUAGCUUGACCAGACUGCAAGGUCUCCAAGCCGACCUCGUCGCCUUUUCUGAAUCUCGCCUGCCCAAUGUUGAUCGCCUCUGGACCGAGUUGGAAGACAGCAUCGCGGACUUCCGCAAACUACUGGAUCGUCAGAACAAGAGCGACAGCAGUCGACAGAAACUUAAGUCUGCUCCAGUAACGAUCGAUGGACGCGAUUACGAUGUCAACGAAGACUGGCGCCAGGAGGUCAUCCAGGUCGCAGACGAGUUGAAUCUGGAUGAAAUGGACACUGCAAAACUAUACCUCGAAUCGCAGAACACGGCAGAAGAGCUUGGUAGAUCACAAAUAAUGGCCGCCAUAUUCCGCUUUCACGGCCACCGAGAAACGCUGCUCGAGUGUUUGCGCAUGACCAUCCAGCAAGCUGUCGACUGCGAGAACACCGACGAUCGUGACAAAUUCAUCAUCUGUGCCGGCCUGAUCACGGAAAAGCCCGACGCAACCUUCUGGCGCAAAUGUGUUGACUCUAUGGGCCAAAUCGAGCAAUGGUUACAGACUCUCCAGGACCGACUGAACCAGAUCGCCAUGAUCGGCCAGACGGCACACGGCUACGCACUGGAGACACUACAAUUCGAGAAACAGAGUUUGACCAAGCAACACGAAUCUAUGGGUGCUAUCAUUUCACACCUGGUCAAAGUCGGCACUGCAACUGUAGACGAUUACCGCCAUCUCUUGAACAAAACAUCGCAACUAGCCAGCCCUGACGACAUCACACUACAUUACUUGCCGGGCCUGGUUAGCUGUGCCUCAGUCCUUGGACCCGUCGACAGCGCUGCCAGUUUGAGAGAUGCCCGUGGCCUGGAUCAGUACUUUGCCGACAAAUCAGACAACUCGAAAUGGAAGCUGCCCGAUUUCCGUGCGGCCGCGACCGUUUUCUGGCUGGCUGAAUACAGCGGUCGCUAUAUCGACAAUCCCAUUGGCUCGCCUUUGAGAGGAGUAGACUUGGAAGCGGAGACCGAAUCACGUUCGCAGCGUUAUCUCGAUGCUGUCCGCAAUGGUGCUUUCGAAUUCAUCUUGUUCAUAUGCGCACAGGUGCGUGCUGACUUGUGGCAUGAUCCCGCAAAGGUUGGACUGGUAUCGUAUCUGUUGACCGGAGCGGAGCGCUUCAGAAACGGGCCAAUCAAGGCAUCCGACUACUUCCAAGAGAUUCUCGCUCAGAACCUGCAGCUGUUUGUCGACGCUUUCAUCACAAAUAUGCCUGACACCAUUCGAAGGCUGAAGUUUGAGGAAGACGAGCAGCGCCGUAACAUAAGCAUCCGCCAGUCACAUGGUACUCCGGAACAUGGUCUGCAUCUGGAGAGAUUCCUUGUCAUCAUUUCGUACGCCUUCAAAGGCUUCCCCGAGGCCGCUCAAUCGUUCUGGCAAGAUCCUGAUAGCAACCUUUACGGUUUCCUACAAUGGGCCUCAAAGCGCCAGUCUACUCCUCGAGCCGCCGCUUUUUGCGAGAUGUUCCUAUCUAUCUCUGAAGAUGCCGAAUGCGCCGAAGCUGCUCAUAAGUUUUUGAUGGACGAUGCAACAACAGCCGUGGCAAAGCUUCGCCGAGGAGCUCCUUUGAGCUGGGCGCAAAUUUUCAACGAACUGAGUUUCUAUGCUCCCGGUAUCAGUGAGAAGCUCACAUCUGCCUCAGUGCAAGGCGAUGGCGCAUUGGCAGGCCCGCUCAUUGAGCCCGAGAGCGAACUCAUGCUUGAAUGCUACCUGCGCCUUGUCACGCAUAUGUGCCGCUCAAGCUUAAGCGCCAGAACCUUCGUCUUGUCUCAUCCCACGUUUAAUCUGCAUGAGAUCGUGCUAAAUCUUACCGUCUCUGGCGUCUCCAAUCGUCUCAAGGCAUGCACAUUCAUGGCUAUCGCGGCCAGUCUGACAGACAAGAGCAUUGAUGCCGGAUAUGCACUCUGGGACUACGUUGACUCAUGGAUGUACGAUUCGCCUAGCCUAAGGAACUAUCUGGGCACAAAAACACCGCAAAACCCAACAGUAGCAAAGGAAGGACGUUUCCAAUCACUAUUGGAAGGCUUCGAAUUACCGAAUGCCUUCACGAGGCUCGUGCAGAGUAUGAUUGUGCCUAGCCCUGAGGAAAGCAGUCUGCAUGAUAUGCUUCCAUUCCCGGAACAGUUGGGUGCAACAUAUCGCAUGCCUGGUAUGGAUCCCUACGUCGACUUCAUAAUGGGCAGCGUCUUCCAGGAAAGGCUCGCUGAUCUUCCUGACAUGAAUCAAAUAUGGGAGUUGAGAUGUACUUGCCUCGAGUUUGUCUCUACUUGCCUUUCUACCUUCAACGAAGAUCUCGUUGUUUUUGCUAACAGUACAAACAUACCUGUUGACUCCAUUAUCUCCACCUCUUCUCUAGCCGCUUAUGUCCGAUUCCAUCCUUUUGCCCGUGUUAUGGAAUGGCUUUUCAACGACAAAGUCACGAACGCACUCUUCGCCGCUGCACACGAAGAUGUUGACAUCGUUAGUGCUGCUUCUCCGGGAUCGCCUAUGAUUGUCGCGCUUUGUCGCAGCAUCGAGGUGAUUAACCAGGUCCUGAAGCUGCAGUCCAUCUACUUUGACGUCGUACGACCCAUCGUCAAGACGCAGUACGUUGGUAGAGACAAGGCCAUCGCAAAUCCCGCCCUCGCUUCGUUUGAAGACGUUGUUCUGAACCACGUCAAUAUCAUCGUUGACCUCGGCCUAUACUGCGGAACGGGCCACCAGGAUUUGACGAUGCUUUCUCUACAACUCCUCCAAAAAUUGGCAACAGCUCGCAAGCUAUCUAUCGCGACCGGAGCAUCUUAUGGAGGUAGUCGUGUCCUCGCUGCAUUGCAACAAGACUUCGAUGUUGACCGUAUUGCUGCCUCUUUCGUCUCCCCCCUUCAGCUCGAUUCAAGAGAGCUCGAGAUGGGACCAGAGGGACCUGGCCUUGGCAUCAAGCAAGGCAUCUUAGAUCUGCUUAACGGCUCAUUGGAGACAGCAGGCAGUCGCCCAGCUCUGGCACAUUGCCUGCUGGGCUUCCGUUGUACCGACAGAGCCAUCAGCGUACCUCCGAACGGUCUGUUUGCUAACGGUGCCUCACUGUUCCAUGCUGUGGUGAAGCUCUCAGCCGAUACCAUCAGUUUGCCGCAAGUCAACGAAGCUGCCUGGCUCUCUUCAAUACGUCGCACGUCCUGCCAGAUUAUCUCGAAGCUUCUUCACUCUGCCUUGACAGAGCGCAUUAUUCUUGAAGAACUUAGAGAAUCUGGCUACUCUGAUGCUGUGGCCAUUGUACAAACACCUAUUGGUCCCGAAACUUUGUGGAGUAACCGACCUUGCGCCGACCCAGAAUUCCUGAUCUCGGACUCUGCUGCUGUCUUCAAGGACUUCCUCAUCCAGCGAACUAUGUUCUUUGAAGAAGCUUCUCUGGACAUUAGAGCGACUAUCCAGCGCAAUGCCCCGACCCAGCGUCAAAAAGUUCUAUCCUCCUUGUUGGGUGUGACUAUUCUGUCUUCCGGCGAGCAAGUGCAGAACGCGUCAAUCUUUGAGUUAUUUGAUUUCAUCGAUAUGGACAUCUCCCUACCUUUCGAGAUGGCAGAGAAGAUUCUUAUCGCAGGUCUCGAUUUCAGCUCGUGCAGGACUGACAAGUCUGAUUAUGGGGUGGUUUACGAUCUUGCGCUCGCCAAAGAGCUGUUGCUCCUACGCGAAGCUGACCUGCGCAAGGCUGGUAAAUUGAUCGACCCUGUAGCACAACAGCAAUGCGCUGCAGAGAUCGAUGCUGCCAUGAUGUGCUUGCAGUCAGAAAACAACUACGCUUCCAUCAUGUUGGCACAACGCUCAGCGCUCAAUGUAUGGGUCAAGCUUGUGUCAAUGAUGCUUGCUUUAGGCGACUUCCAAGCCGCUCCAAAGACCGCGCUGGCGCUGCAGGCUUUGCAGAUUGUGUUACCUAAAUUGGACAGGACGAUCGUCGAGGACUCUCCCGUCACAAUUCCGCUCGCAAAGCUCACAUACACAUUGAUGCGAGUGCUAGACUCUUCUGCCACAGACAAAAACGUGGAAGUUAGCGCAGUACAUGACAGGCUCACCGCGGCGUUCCGUACUGCUCUGCGCGGUAUUGGAAGUGCUUCUGGCGGUACCGAAUUACGCGAGACAUGUUACCAGACCAUUCGCCAUUUCAUUAGAUCCAUCUGUAAGACAUCGUCACCACUGCAACGCCAGACAGCCAAGAUUAUUGAGCAUGGCGGUGAGCGUUUGAUGGACACAAUUUGCGAAGAUGUCAUGUCUAGUGCUGGCAGCUGCAGAGUUUCUGCUUUGAUGGUGCUCGAGUCUUGUCUGCAACUCUUCCAGAUGAUCAAGUCUCCCUACUUGACACGGGCUAUGACCAAGUUGAACUUCACCUCGGUGCUUGUUGACGGUAUCCGUGGUAUUUCUGGCGAGUUCCAACAACAGCGUGAAGGACAAGAUAUUGCGACACUUCUCUCAUAUAUCCACACCGCGCUCUCAGUUCUAUUGCGCAUGUCUCACACGAACGAGGGUGCCGCUGCUAUCCUGGAAGCAGGUCUCUUCAGCGCCAUCCGCGACUCACAACUUUUUGCAACCGACCCGGACAUCGGUCUCGAUGUCGACAAUGUCGAAGCACUGGAGAACUUCUACCGCCUGUUGAUCUCCAUGCUGCGUAUCUUGACCUCUUGCGUAGUCAGCAGAGGAUCGCGCAAUCAGCACGUUCUGGCUCAAGGAAGAGCCUUCCUGGCUGAGAACAGGCAGUGCAUGCAAGGUGUCUUCAAGGCUGCGAUGAGAGAAGGCCCACAAGUUCGUCCCAGCAUCAAACAAGCUUUGGAGGAGUUAGUGGGUUGUUUCAGUGCACUGAUUCAUGCAACGGACUUUGUUGAGAGUGAUGAAGUACCAUUGGCUCAAAGGUCUCUGGGCAACAUGUUUACCUAG